AUGGAGAUUGAAGCUGUCUACUCACCCACGACCAAUGUCGCUUCCACAACCAUUGUGGAAGCGUCCAUGGAAGGAGACAAGAAUUCGCGCUUUCCUUGCAUCGAACAACCCACACGAGUUGCCUUGCACUGCAACGGUUACUACAUUUGGAGCAAGAAGAGUGGUAAGGCAGUCUGCAAGAAGAAACGCAACGAAAAGGACGAAUUCUUGCUCAUUUAUGAUGAAAAUGAAAACGUUACCAUUCAACAUCACAAAUACAAGGGUAUCUUGACUUUGGUGCGCACCGUUCUUCCCGAUGGUACAGUCGAAAAGAAGAUACGAUGUCUUCAGAAUGAAGAAGACAAGCAAGAAGAGGUGGAAAGCAAUGAAGUUGCAGAAGAAAAGAAGGAAGAACCUGAAGAUUCCACUCCUACUGUCGCCCCGGCAUCUGAUGGGGAGGACGACGAAGACGACGACGAGGAUGAUGCUGUAGUUGUCGAUCCCACUACCAUUCAAGAAGGUGACCAAAAGUGGGUAUUCAUCAAGGGUGCUUCCAACUCCAUCAAUGGAAACGCUGUCAUUCUGAAGUCGUUGUCUACUGGAUUGAUUCUUGGAAUCAGCGAGGAAGGCAAACUGGAACUGUCCGAGCCACAAGAAGCGGAAAGGACAAGUAAGAUGCAGUGGUCCAUUGAAUGCGUCACUGGAGAACUCUGCUUUUUGUCCAAUCCUCGUUUGAACGCGCAACUCCGCUGCGAUAUGACUGGUUUGAUCAACAUGGAUGGAAACCAAAAAGGUUGGGAAGUCUUUCGGUUCAUGGAGGCUGGAAAUGGUUACGUCAAGAUUUCCAGUUGGAUGCACAGUCAAUGGUUGCUAUGUUCGACCAAAGACGGCAAGGUAUCCACUUGCACUCAUGCCGAAUCCUUUCAAGAUUACCGACCCCCCGACGAGAAUGAGAAUGAUGCUGAUGGCCAAGAAGAGAAACAGGAGGCAUCAUCGUCAUCAUCCUUGAAGGAAUAUCGAUGCAGCAAAUGGGCCAUCGAGAGGAGCCCAAAUGGUGAUGGUGUCGUUAUUCGUUCCAAGACGCAUGGAAGAUUCUUGUGUGUCAAGGAUAACUUUGAAUUGAGAACCUAUCAUCCAGAUGACGACGAAGCCAAGGAGACAAACAAUACGGACGAGUCAUCGGACGAAGAGGAAAUGAAGAUUACUCCAGAGGACUCAUCCUCAACCAAUAAGAAGAGCGAAAAGUCUUCUUUCAAAGACUCCAUGAAGACCUUGCAAGAUUCCAUGAAAACUUCCAUGCGCAAAGGUAUCGACGAUGCCCGAAAGUCAAUGGCCGCCAAGGGACCACGAGUAGCAGAAGUUGAAACGACAGUCUGGCACUUGGAGGCUGCUCACUCGCAAACCUACUUUUUUCUAUCGCUCAAUAUGCAAGAUCUACAAGCCAAGGCCAAAUCGAUUGGCCCCAAGUUGCAAGUGACCUCGAACCUUCGCAAGAAUACCAAGAUUACAUUGGUUCGAGAAGACAACAACAUUACCAAAUUGUGUGUGGAAUCAUCUGAUACCAAGGCCAAACAACAAUUUUUGGCCUGUCAAGAAGAUGGCACCAUUGCCUUGGUGAAUAAUGGAGGACGCGCCGACGCGGAAUGGAUCAUUGGAAAGUCGACGCUCCAAGAAGGCUUUACCACCUUUUACAAUCCGGCUCAUGGAUUGUAUCUUUCCAGCAUGGGCCAAGAUGCCGCCACGACCAAGGCGCCAUCCAAAACCGACAAGCUCAAUAGCUUGUUGCGCAAGGACAAGGAAGUCGUUGAGGUCUUGCAGGGUUCCGAAACCUUGUGCAUUUCGGCCACUUGGAGAUUGGAUCCUGUCAUGCCACGUGCGGUGAGCUCGGAAAAGGUGAAGGCAUUUGCCAUUGGCACUGGUAUUGCGGUCGGCACGACGGUCGCCAUGCCCUUUGCCUUGGCCGGUGUGGCAGGUAUCAUGGGAGCCAUUGGUGCCGAAGUGGGGACCUUUACCACCUUGAUUUUUGCUGGAUUGACGGGCGCUGAAGCCAUUGCCAGCGUUGGGGCUAUUGGGGCAACGGCGUAUAUUAUUUUCAAACCAGAUGAGAACUCCUUGACGGAUGGUCACAACAAGGAAGAAGAGGAAAAAGCAAAGGCCUGGUCCCAACGUCCAUUCAGCAAUUGGCGCAAUUGGUAA